UGUAAACAUCCUUUGGGUAUGGAAUCUGGAGCCAUAGCAGAUUUUCAAAUAAGCGCCAGCACAGCCCAUGAUAUGGGCAAUGUGGGACCACAACAUGCCAGAUUAAAGGUCGACAACAAUGGCGGUGCAUGGUGUCCCAAGCACAUGGUUUCACGUGGCCUCAAGGAGUAUUUGCAAAUUGAUUUGCUGCAGAUCCAUGUCCUGACUGCCAUCCGCACCCAAGGUCGCUUCGGCAAGGGCCAGGGUCAAGAGUACACCGAGGCAUAUGUGGUGGAGUACUGGCGACCCGGCAUGGAGGCGUGGAAACGCUGGAAAAAUUUCCAGGGCAAAGAGAUCUUACCUGGCAACACCAAUACCUACAGUGAGGUGGAAAACGUGCUGCAACCCAUCAUCUUUGCCUCCAAAGUUCGCAUUUAUCCAUAUAGCCAAUAUGAUCGGACGGUGUGCCUGCGGGCUGAAGUUGUUGGAUGCCCCUGGGAAGAGGGUAUUCUCUCGUACAGCAUUCCCAAGGGUACACCCCGUGGCAUUGAAAUCGAUUUGUCCGAUAAAUCAUACGAUGGCCACGAGGAGGAUGACCGUUACGUUGAGGGCUUGGGUCAAUUGGUCGAUGGUCAAAAGGGCAAGGAUAAUUUUCGUUUGGAUCAAGGAUUUGGCAAAGGUUAUGAAUGGGUUGGCUGGCGCAAUGAUACCCCCAACUUACAGGGUCGUCCCGUCGAAAUCACAUUUGAAUUCGCUGGCGUACGAAAUUUCAGUGCUGUGGUCAUUCAUACGAACAACAUGUAUAUCAAAGAUGUUCAAGUCUUUGUGCAUGCCAAGGUCUUCUUUAGCAUUGGCGGACGCCAGUAUAUCGGUGAGCCGGUGCAGUUCUCGUACAUGCCUGACGUUGUAUUGGAUCACGCCCGGGACGUGACAAUCAAAUUACAUCAUCGUUUGGGCAAAUAUCUGCAAUUGCAUUUAUACUUUGCAGCACGUUGGAUCAUGCUAAGUGAGAUUACAUUCAUAUCAGCUCCUGUUACCGGCAACUUCACCGAUGAGGAAUUUAUGGGAGCCAGUGGCUCCCAGGAUAAUUCAGAGUAUCCAUUUCAAAGGGAUGAAGUGGCCAGGAUUCCCUACAACAAAGAUAGAAGUGGUUAUGAGAAUUCAGUCCUCUCACCCAAACCCAUCGACCAAGAACCGGAUACGGCAGGCACAAGUUUCAUUGGCGUCUUAAUCACUGUCCUCGCCACGAUUAUUUUACUCCUGGUCGUUGUGAUAUUGGCGAUAAUUGCCCGCAAUAAACGCGGACAUGGCGGCGGUAAUGUUUUGGAUGCAUUCCAGCAUAAUUUCAAUCCGGAUACACUCGGCAGUGUGGAUAAUAAACGACUUAACGGUAAUGGAGUGAAGCCAGUUACCAUGGAACCCGACAGUGAAUCCAUUGACAAGAGCAGUUUAUAUCAUGAACCCUUUAAUGUCAAUAACAUGUACACCAGUGCUGCCAGUGCUUGUUCCAUAAAUGAUCUACAGCGGCAUCAUGUGGCCCCGGAUUAUACAGAUGUUCCCGAUAUUGUGUGUCAGGAUUAUGCUGUGCCACACAUGCAGGAUCUGUUACCCAGCCAAAAGUCAAAUUCGCUUUACAGCGGUGCGGGUAGCAUUUUGGGUAGUGGUGCGGGUGCUGGUGGUGGUGUCGGUGGCAUAGCUUCAAAUAGUCUUAAUGGAAGUAACAGUAAUUACAGUACAACAUUAGCAAGCAACCGCAACACUCUCAACAAUAUGUUUCAUAUGAAAAUACCACCACCCCCGCCACCGCCAAUGGGUACGGUGCCGUUUCCCCUUGUGUCGGGCUCGUCAACGUCUCUGGCACCGGGACAUUAUGCACUACAACAGCAACCACAAACAUCACCAGGACAACUACAACAACAGCAGCAGCAUCAACAUCAGUUCCAUGGAUUGUUAUCGUCAUCAUCAGCAGUGAAUGCUGCUGCUGCAGCUUCCACACCAACCCCAACAACAACAAUGUCACCUUCUGAGAAAUAUUAUGCUGCAAUGGCAAUUUGUAAAGCCAAUAUGUCGACAACAUUGGCCGGCAAUAAUGCAACACAAGAACAGCAAAUGAAUUGGGCCACAACAGACGGAUCCGCAACAGCAACAACAACGCCAGGACAGAAAUUCCAACAACAACAGCAGUACCAUCAGCACCAUCAGCAAAAUCAGGGAACAUCAACCGGAACAUUGCCAAAUGGCAAGAAUGUUUUUCUAACUGGAAUUUUUCAAAAUGCCCUCACAUUACCAUCAUCGAACGAGUCUCCGAAUUUUGAUAAGUCUCCCACAGCCAGCAUUACUGGGAUUGGGGGUAGUGGUGGUGGCGGUGGCAGUGGAUAUGGCUGCGGCUCGGGGAGCCUUAAUGUCACAUUGACAAAACCACAUCAUUACAAUGCAAACGAAUUGAGUGAUUUCAUAAGCCAGGUGGCGGGAGGCGAUACCGAGGAAUCGGCCAAUUGCCAGUUACAGGAAUUUCCAAGACAUUCAUUAGUUAUUGUGGAGAAAUUAGGCUGUGGUGUUUUUGGUGAAUAUCAUUUGUGCGAGACGAGGGGAUUGAGCACAAAUUUGGUAGCUGUUGCCACUUUACGCCCCGGAGCACCUGACCACAUGCGCAAGGAAUUUCGCCUGAAAGCCAAACAAUUAUCCCGUCUAAAAGAUGUCAAUGUGGCGCCUCUGGUGGGCGCCUGUCUGCGCGAUGAGCCGAUAUGUAUGGUCCUCGACUACAGUGAUUGUCUGGGCGAUUUGAAUCAAUUCCUGCAGGAGCACAUAUCAGAAAAUGAGGCGGGUGUUGUGGCCAGCCACCAGCAAGUGGGAAAAAGGACAUCAACGGCGGCGGCGACGACGAUGGUAUCCUCCUCCUCUUCGAACAAAACCAAUGUGUUGAGCUAUGGCUGCUUAGUCUACAUUGCCACACAAAUUGCAUCGGGCAUGAAGUAUUUGGAACAAAUGAACUUUGUACACCGGGAUUUGGCAACAAGGUAA